GCGAGCGAUUUCUUUUGUUUUGGUUUUUUUUUUUUCCUUCUUUCAAUCGAGAUUGUUUCGACUUUUCGCGUACUUGGGCCGUCAAUCCGAGCUUCGCUUGUUGGCUUCGUUGAGUUCCUGGGGUCAACUUUGAGUCCCUGGUUUGGCUCUGAUAACGUGACGUGUUCUGUGAAGGAGUUGAGACCAUAAGCACACAUAAUAGUUUUGCAAAAAGAGAAAAGAUACGGAUAUACGAACUCCGAGGCUCUUCCUGGGCAAGCAGGUGGAACAAGUUGAAUUCGGCGAGAUGGAGAUCACUAACGUUAUGGAGUAUGAGGAGAUCGCAAGGCAGAAAUUGCCAAAGAUGGUGUUUGACUACUAUGUGUCGGGCGCAGAAGACCAGUGGACUCUUCGGGAAAACCGAAAUGCAUUUUCCAGGAUCUUGUUCCGACCUCGCAUUCUCAUUGACGUGAGCAAGAUAGACAUGGCAACAACUGUGCUGGGUUUCAACAUUUCGAUGCCGAUCAUGAUUGCACCAACAGCCAUGCAGAAAAUGGCUCAUCCUGAAGGAGAGUAUGCAACAGCAAGAGCAGCCUCAGCAGCUGGAACAAUUAUGACUUUGUCCUCUUGGGCUACUUCAAGUGUUGAAGAGGUUGCCUCAACAGGGCCGGGCAUCCGAUUUUUCCAGCUCUAUGUGUACAAGGACAGGAACAUUGUUACACAGCUUGUGAGAAGAGCUGAAAGGGCUGGCUUUAAAGCGAUUGCACUGACUGUUGAUACUCCAAGGCUGGGUCGCAGGGAAGCCGAUAUCAAGAAUAGGUUCACGCUGCCACCUUUCCUGACAUUGAAGAACUUUGAGGGAUUGGAUCUUGGCAAGAUGGAUAAGACCAACGACUCCGGAUUGGCAUCUUAUGUUGCCGGACAAAUUGACCGGUCCCUUAGCUGGAAGGAUGUCAAGUGGCUGCAAACAAUCACCAAAUUGCCAAUUCUAGUCAAGGGUGUGCUAACAGCGGAAGAUGCUAGGAUAGCUAUAGAAUGCGGAGCUGCUGGGAUCAUAGUUUCUAAUCACGGAGCCCGACAACUCGAUUACGUCCCUGCAACAAUCAUGGCUCUGGAGGAGGUUGUGAGAGCGGCUCAAGGCAGGGUUCCUGUAUUCCUGGAUGGUGGAGUCCGUCGUGGAACGGAUGUUUUCAAAGCACUGGCACUUGGAGCAUCUGGCAUAUUUAUUGGAAGGCCGGUACUUUUCUCGCUCGCGGCCGAAGGCGAAGCAGGCGUGAGGAAAGUGCUUCAAAUGCUUCGCGAUGAGUUUGAGCUGACUAUGGCGCUAAGCGGGUGUCGCUCGUUGAAGGAGAUCACCCGAGACCACAUCGUCACAAAUUGGGACGCUCCACGCAACAUCACUCCGAGAUUGUGAGAUGACGAUGCUACGGGUCUUGUAGCUGGAUCGGCCGGGCACAAAGUCCAGCAUCUUAAGUUGCUGCUCUGAGGCACUUGCAGUUGUUGGAAAUGAAUGCAUUUGUUGUUUCGUUGGCAACUCAGUGCUUUGAUCUGCACUGUCAAUUGAGGACUCACCAUUUUUCCCAUUAUUGGAUACUAAUCCAAAACCAUGAACAAGGUUUU